GCGGUUGACGCUGAGCUAAUUCUCCCCGCCUGUAGAAGGCAGCAGCGGCCAUAGACACGCUCCCGCGUCAAACGCGUCGCUUUAACCCCGGAAGGACUUCCGUCUUUCCUUUCUAUUUGGAUCUCCAGCAGCCAACAACUGAGACAAGAUGGCGCCGCGCAAGGGCAAAGAAAAGAAGGAGGAGCAAGUGAUCAGCUUGGGGCCGCAGGUUGCCGAGGGCGAGAACGUCUUCGGCGUGUGCCACAUCUUCGCCUCCUUCAACGACACCUUCGUGCACGUCACCGACCUCUCCGGGAAGGAGACCAUCUGCCGGGUGACGGGCGGCAUGAAGGUGAAGGCGGACCGAGACGAGUCUUCCCCCUACGCCGCCAUGUUGGCGGCGCAGGACGUGGCGCAGCGCUGCAAGGAGCUCGGCAUCACCGCGCUGCACAUCAAGCUCCGGGCCACCGGGGGGAACCGGACCAAGACACCUGGACCGGGAGCCCAGUCGGCGCUGAGGGCGCUCGCUCGAUCGGGAAUGAAGAUCGGGCGCAUUGAGGACGUGACCCCCAUCCCGUCAGACUCCACGCGCAGAAAGGGAGGACGUCGCGGACGCAGAUUGUAAAGAAAACGCAAAACUUUGAUAAUAAACGAGUUGACGUGUUCAAGUA